AUGGGUGCCACCAUCAGCCGCCGCCGAUCCCCCCAGCUCCUGCCUCCGCCUCCGCCGCCGCCACCGUCGGAAUCCCUGGCGUCUCUGCCGGAGAACGUCCUCGCGGAGAUCUUCAUCAAGCUUCCCCCGCAUCCGGCGAGCCUCCGCAGCGUCUCCCUCGGCAGCCACCAGUUCCGCGACGUCGUCACGAAUCGCCCGUUCCUCCGAAAGUUCCACGCCCACCACGGCGACGUGCCUCCCCUCGUCGGCUUAUUCCUCAACGAGAAGAUCCCCCACUUCCUCCCGACGACCUGCUGUGGGGUCGUCCGCUCCAAAUCUGACAGUGCUGUCGCAGGUUCUGGACCCCUGGAGCCAUGCGACGCCGGCUGGUACAUCCUCAGCACCCGCCACGGCCGCGUAUUGCUGCAGAGCCCGGACCGGCGGCGUCUCCUCGUGCUGGAUCCCAUGGUAGGUCGCAGGCAAUACAUGGACGCGCCGUUGAGGUACAGGCCCAAGUACCGGAGCACUGCCGCGGUGGUCUGUGACCCCGGCACGGCAGGCCACGGAUACUGCCGCUCCACCGGGUUCCGCAUCGUGUUCGUCUACUUCAGCAACAUCUUCCAGACUCUGGUGUGCAUCUACUCAUCAGAGACAGGCAGGUGGGUGAAGGUGGAUUUAUUCCAGGAUAUGGCGCCACGGGCACCAAUAGAUGUGAUGAGGCCAUGCGUUCAGGUGGGGGAUGUCAUUUACUGGCAGUGUGUCUUCCCAGUCAUCCUCGCUUUCAACGUCAACACUCAUCAACUAAGCCAGGUCCCGGUUCCGGCCGGUUGA